UGACUUCUGUAUGAGCUUUCGUAACGUUCGGUUGUGUGACAGUUCAGUGUGGAAGUGAUAAUUCAAAAAAAAACGCAGGCGACAAAAACAAAAUAGGAACUACAUAAUAGAGCUACAGAAAAACAAGAAGAAGGACAAGGACCACAUAGGACCAAAAAAAAAAAAUAGAUCUGAAGUUGACAGGACACCUGGUUGUGCAUUGCCUUGAGCAAGACGCGCAUAACCAAUAACAUGUACUGGGUAAAUGAUUAAAAAAAAAUCGAAACCCAAAAAAAAGGAAGAAGAAGAAGAAGAAGAUUGUGAUUGGUUGGUUGAUUUACUACUUUCAAAAUUAAGAUUUGUUUUGACUUGUUUUAUUUUGGAUAUUUUUAUUAUAAUUUUGGUUAAUAAAUCGUAUUUACUAUUAAUUUUAUUGCCCAAUUUAACAAUGAGUGUAAGUGCAGCCUCAGUUGCUUCAACGGCUACCCAAGAAGAGCAAGAGGUGGAUGAUUUUGGUCCACAACCAAUAACAAAAUUAGAAGGCAAUGGAAUUAACUCUGGAGACAUUAAGAAGCUCAUCGAAGCAGGUUAUCAUACUAUUGAAUCAGUUGCUUUUGCACCCAAAAAGUACCUCCUCUCCAUUAAGGGUGUUUCAGAGGCGAAAGCUGACAAAGUUCUAGCAGAAGCAGCUAAAUUAGUACCCAUGGGCUUUACUACAGCUACUGAAUUUCAUCAGAAGAGAUCUGAAAUUAUACAAUUAACUACAGGUUCCAAAGAGCUAGAUAAGUUAUUGGGUGGUGGCAUUGAAACAGGAUCUAUUACAGAGAUUUUUGGCGAAUUUCGUACAGGAAAAACACAAUUGUGCCAUACUUUAGCAGUUACAUGUCAGUUACCUGUUGAAAGUGGUGGGGGAGAAGGCAAAUGCCUGUAUAUUGAUAGUGAAGGGACUUUUCGGCCAGAACGUCUAUUGGCUGUAGCUGAACGAUAUCAAAUGACUGGACAAGAUGUUUUAGAUAAUGUAGCGUAUGCGAGAGCUUAUAAUACAGAUCACCAAACAAGUUUACUUAUACAAGCAUCUGCUAUGAUGGCAGAAUCUAGGUAUGCCUUAUUAAUUGUAGAUAGUGCAAUGGCUCUAUAUAGAACCGAUUAUUCGGGAAGGGGAGAAUUAUCAGCCCGACAAAUGCAUUUAGCAAGAUUUUUAAGGAUGUUGUUACGUUUAGCUGAUGAGUUCGGUGUGGCAGUAGUUAUAACAAAUCAAGUCGUCGCCCAAGUAGAUGGAGCUGCGAUGUUCAAUGCUGAUCCAAAAAAGCCCAUCGGUGGUAACAUAAUGGCUCAUGCUUCCACGACAAGACUGUAUCUCAGAAAAGGUCGAGGUGAAACGCGAAUGUGCAAAAUCUAUGAUUCUCCAUGUUUACCAGAAUCGGAAGCCAUGUUUGCCAUAAAUGCUGAUGGUAUAGGUGAUGCAAAGGAGUAAAAUGAUGUUUAUAAGAUGUAAAUAUUAUGUUAAUAUAAUUUAUGUAUAAGUUUUGCAAAAGUUUUAUAGAAUUUUAAAAGUUUAGGUAUUAUUUUCUGAAUGAAUUAUUCAUAUAAUUUAGAUCUAAAUGGUGUAAAGUACUCAGAAACUGCCAUGAAUCAAGACAUGUAGUAAGCGAAAAAAAGAAAUAAAGUAAUAUACAGGGUGAUCAACUUUUAUGAUUAAGUUCGUUAUCUCUGUUAGAAGAUAGCAAAAAGUUAUUGGCGAAAGUAGCAGGUAGCUGUAAGCUUAGACGAAGAGGCAGCGCUGAAAAAUCUCUUUGAAUUUACUAAAGCUAAAUUUUUCACAGUUUAUUACUGUGAGUGUGUAGAGAAACAUACUGCGGUCGGUCAAGCGAAACGUAGAACAGGGGUUACUGAGAGGGUAUCAAAGUUGCUUUCCUACGAAGGUAAUUAAAUCCAUUUACUAAGGCUGAAAAUCAGUACACACGUUCUAAAUUAAAUAUAAAUAAAAGUUAUUAUAGUCGGUCAGCUGUAUGACGGGACAGAGCCGGUCGGUCGGCCCCAGUGAAUGUACAGGGUUAUUCACUAUAUUUUCAUCCCCUUGUAAACUGCUUUAUUUACAGAAUUAGAAAAAAAAUGUAAAAUACAAAAGUUAUUCGAUUUUUUAAUUAUGAUUUUUUGCCAUAUAUAUCGUACCAGUGACGUCAUCCAUCUGGGCGUGAUGACGUAAUCGACUAUUUUUUUUAAUGAGAAUAGGGGUCUAGUGCUAGCUCAUUUGAAAGGUUAUUCAAUUCUCUAUACAGUACUAUAAACCUUAAGAUCAUUAUUUAUACAGGCUGUCCAAAAUUUUUUUUUGAAUUAUUAAUUAAACAAUUAAUUUAAUUAAAAAAAAAUUUUGGACACCCUGUAUAAUUAAUCAUGUUAAUGUUUAUAUUACUGAAUAGGGAAUUGAAUAAUCUUUCGAAUGAGCUAACACUAGACCCCUAUCCCCAUUUAAAAAAAUAGUCGAUUACCUCAUCACGCCCAAAUGGAUGACGUCACUAGUACGAUAUAUAUGUCAAAAAAACAUAAUUUAAAAAUCGAAUAACUUUUGUAUUUUACAUCUUUUUUCUAAUUCUGUAAAUAAAGCAGUUUACAAGGGGGUCAAAAUAUAGUGAAUAACCCUGUACAUUCAUUGGGGCCGACCGACCGGCUCUGUCCCGUCAUACAGCUGACCGACUAUAAUACCUUUUAUUUAUAUUUAAUUUAGAAUGUGUGUACUGAUUUUCAGCCUUAGUAAAUGGAUUUAAUUACCUUCGUAGGAAAGCAACUUUGAUACCCUCUCAGUAACCCCUGUUCUACGUUUCGCUUGACCGACCGCAGUAUGUUUCUCUACACAAUCACAGUAAUCAACUGUGAAAAAUUUAGCUUUAGUAAAUUCAAAGAGAUUUUUCAGCGCUGCCUCUUGGACUAGCUGCAUAUUUCCUUUAAAAUGUUUCGUCUUUCGGCAAUUUUUCCUAAUCUCUAAAUCUAAGCGCAAACUGGCUAAAUACCUAAUAUAAAAAUUUAUGUCUAAGAAAUGACCAUCAUACUUCCAAGACAUUAUCAGUUUUUAACCAGCUGCAUUUACCAAUCAUUUAAAUACAUAAGGACCAAAUUUUACCUCUAAAUCCCUACGCCGUUUUAACUCGGACUGUUUCAAUUUUUUUAGACCUGUAUAACAAACGUGUUUAUAUGGAGAAUUUCUAAUUUCCCGAAAAAUAAAGGAAAAACGCAUAGAUAUAAGCACUUAUUUUUUAUCACUUACAUAAAAAGGAACAUGAAAAUUUUGUUACAUAGACUAACUUUUAUCGUAUUUCAAUAAUUCUGUAGAAAUUUUGUAUAAAUUAAAUGUCAUUGAAUAAACUUUUGAAAUGACAAAUAUUUUUGAAAUGAAAGAGCAAGAAAUGUAAAAGAAAUUAAUUUAAAAUUUUACCUCUGUGAAAUAUAAAUUUUCCAAGUAGUACAUUCUUUCACGGAUUUUGCUGUAAAUUUUAAAGAACCGCUUGGAUUUACAUGAAAUUUGGCAUACGCAUAGCUAACAUGUCAAAGAGAAAAAGUGAUGUGGUGCCGAUGUGUGCUUUUGUCCUAGGGGUGAGUUUCACCCCAUCUCGGGGGUGAAAAAAUAUAUGUGUAAGAUAAGUCCCGAAAUGGAUAAACUGACUAAUUUUAAGCAACUUUUGUUCUACAGAGUUUUUUCACCAAAUCAAUACUUUUCGAGUUAUUUACAAGUGAAUAUGUUCAUUUUUCAACAAAAUAACCACGUUUUUAGGCGGUUUUUCGCAAAUAACUCAAAACCUAGGCAUUUUGUCGAAAAAAAUAUUCUUACCAAAACUAUAGCCUAUAAAAAAAGUGAAAAAAACGGUGUAUAUGUUAGGUCUCUAUACCUAGCAAAAGAAGAGUUGUAGCUAAUGAAAAAUAGGUUCAUAUUCGAAAAAUUCCAAAUAGAAUAAUUCAAUGUGAAAUAUCCAAAUACCGAAGCAUUCUUGGGGAAAACACAUUACCACUUUUUUAAAGUGUUUAAAAAAAGCUAUACGUAUUUCUGUUUUUAUAAAAAAAAAUUUCUAGCAUCAAAUGUAACCAAGUUACGCUCAAAAUAAAGUUGGUACCUUUUGUUUUGGCAAAAUAAAAUCAGGAAGAUCACCUCCCAAUUAGCAACUUAAAUGAAAUUAAUCGUUACCGCUUCACAAGUUACUUUACUUAUGUUGUGUUUAUGUGAUCUGUAAGUUUCAUCGAUUUAAAGUGCUUAUUUUUGAAAAAAUUUAGUUCUAAAGUAAAUUUUUAAAAAAUUUUAAGUUUGAAAAAAAUGCUUUUUUUUCAAAAUAACUUAAAAAUUGUUAGAGGUACCAAAAAUCUUAAACAAUAAAAAAGUCGGCUUUACUUUUCUGAAUAUUUUGUAUUUUUUUGUUUUUCUGUAAGACACAAAUUGGUUAAGAUUCGGUGUUUCUAAAUUUGUAUACACUCGUAAUAAGUGACUCGUUUAAAUCCUUUUAACUACAGCUCUUUCAAAAAUACGGACUUUGAACCGAUGAAACUUCCAGAUCAUCUGAUUAAUACAUACGGGAGUAAACAAGAAUGUGUGUGUACUUUGUACGCACGUAAGAAGUUAUACUUCUACUACAUAUUAUGUGAUUUUUAAGACUAUACCAAAAAUUUAAAAAAAUAAAAGAAUAAAACGCACACAAACACAUUGAAAAAUGCCACAAAGAAAAAAUGAUUUCUGGACGAUAAUAAUUGUUGGCAAAAAUUUUAAAUACGCAUUUGCUGAAAAAAAAAUUAUAUAACAAAUAUACUUACAAUCAUAAUAUGCAUAAAAAAAUAAAAAAAUAAAACUUGCAUCGGGAAUUGAACCCUUGAAUUUCGUGCCGCUUUGACUCGUAAUCGAAGCGUAGACUCACUCGUCCAAUCGCACAUUAUUUAUCAUGUGGAAAAAUACGGUAACUGAACGUUUUACUGUUUGACAAUUGUUUUGAAAAUUAUGUAGUUUAAAUUUUGUGGAAGAAAAUAUAAAAAUAUAAAAAAACAGUAAGAAAACAAUAUAUUAGAUGAAGAUUGGUAGAACUUUUGUUGGUAAUCAAAUUAAGUAUGUAAAUCAAAGCAUUACAUACCUACUAGAUAAAUAAAUCUACGCCAAAAAAUCAUAAUUUAAAAAUAAAAAUGGAACCUAAUUUGGGAUUUCUCUCUAAAAUCCGCAUUCUUGAGAAAAUAAAUGUAUGUAUUUCAACCUAAUCCAAAUGUAUAAUUACAAUAUGAUUAUAAUAAAAACUAGGUACUUACCAAAUUAGAAUGAGUUUUCCUUGUCCAAAAUAGUCCAAAAGUCCAAAAAUAUAGGUAUAUGAAAACUAUUUAAAAAGGCAGUAUAACUAUUAACUAACUUUUGUUUGUUGUUUCUUUUCACACAAAUUUUAAAACGCAACAACCAUAAAUAAUCUAACUACAGCUGUGCCACAGCCACCAUAUUGAAUAAUUUUUGACAUGUCAUUUGAACAUCCAAUCAGAACAAAGUUAUAAUGCGCAUGCGCCCGGUCGCUAGGUUUUCCCAUAUAAAAAUUUACCCUCUAUCGCCGGUAAAGAAGUAUAACUUCAAAAACUUGUGAAGUGGUAACAAUUAAGUUCAAUUGAAAUGCUAAUUAGGGGGUGAUUUUCCCGAUUUCUUACCAAAAAAAGGGGCUAACUUUAUUUUGAGCGUAACUUGUUUACUUUUGAUGCUAAAAAUUUUUUUAAAAAACAAAAAUAAGCAUUUUUUAAACACUUUAAAAAAUUUAAAAUGAGUUUUGCCCAAAAAAGUGCUUCGUUUUUUGGUUAUGGCACGUUAAAAUAUUUGAUUUGGAAUUUGACGAAUAUGAACCUAUUUUUCAUUAGCUAUAACUCUGCUUCUACUAGGUAUACGACCUAAUAUAUACAUCAUGUUUUUCACUUUUUUACGUUCUAUAAAUUUGAUAAGAAUUUUUUUUCGACCAAAUACUUACUUUUUGAGUUAUUUGCGAAAAACCGUCUCAAAACGUGGAUUUUGUAAAAAAAAUAACAUGUUCACUCGCAAAUAACUCGAAAAGUAUUAACUUGGUGUAAAAACUUUAUAGAACAAAAGUUGCUUAGAAUUAGCCAUUUUAUCUAUUUCCGGACUUAUUUGGAACAUAUAUUUUCACCCCCAAAAGGGGGUGAAACUCACCCCUAGGGCAAAAGCACAGAUCGGCACAAUAUCACUUUUUUUGUUUGACUUGUUAACUAUGUGUAUGCCAAAUUUCAUGGCAAUCCAAGGGGUUCUUUAAAAUCUAGAGGUUUUGCAAUAUUUUACCUUUAAAGAACGUACUAAAGCACUUUCUGACAUAUUUUGUUACAAUUUAUUGACAAAAAAGUGAAAAAUUUACUUGUGUACUUUGACUUUCACCUUCUCAAUUGUCUAUUGCAGUAAACUCAUAUAAUUUAAUAAUAAUGGGAGAAAAAAAUCUUAUUUUCUGUACUUUGUUUGUUAAGCCUGUGUACUAAAAAACAGAUUGUAUCUGAAUGUGGCUAGUUCCAUUCUUAAAAUAGAUUAAAUAAUAUAUUUUAUUAUGUAA